GUCCUUUUGCUUGGGCCUUCUCCUUACGCUUCCGCAUAGCACUCCUCUCCUCCUACUGACGCGCCGCGGUGGCAGCUCCGCAUGAGCACUGUCCCUACUCCCUUACAUCCGAUUCUGUGUAACCUAAAUCCCUAUCUUCCCACUUAUCGCUUCCGAUUUCUCCUUCCCGCAAGGUCAGCAGCUCCGCAAGCACAUCGAUGCCACGCUCGGCAGCGGUAACCUCCGGGAGGCCGUCAGGCUUCCGCCAGAGGAAGACCUCAACGAGUGGCUCGCCGUCAACAGUGCGUCUUUUCAACGGCUAGCCGUUAGCAAUAAGUUGCAUUAUCGACUCGCCGUCAGCAAUAAGUCCCGUGAACGGUUGCCGAGGUGGCCUCGACGCGCUGCCGUGGCGGCCUCGACGCGCUGCCGUGGCGGCCUCGACGCUCUACCAUGGCGUCAACGCCACGCCGUGGCCGCUUCGUCGUGCUGCUGUGGCGGCGUCAACGCGCCAGCGCAUGAACGGCAGCGGGCCGCGCACUGGUUUAGGCGCCAGCCAGCACGCCCGCACGACAGCCAGCGCGCCAGCCAGGGCGCCUCGCUGAAACCACGCCCCCCUCUCCUGCGCCUCCCCUUAUCCCAGCCACAGCUGAUGACUUUCUUCCCCGUCGUCAACGGGCCGUGCCACGUCGCCGUAUGCCGCGAGCUUCGCAGUCGCCGCCGCCGUCGUCGAAGCUGCCAACCUCUCUCUUUUCUCUCUCCCUUCUAGUCCAACCUCUCUCUUUUCUUCGCAGUCGCCACCUCCCUAGCGACGCCCCUAGCCACGCCUCCAACCACGCCCCUAGCGACGGUUCACUGCGGUGCGGAGGUUGAGGGACGGGACGAUCGCGUGGAGGCGACUACUAGUAGGAACAACGAGCAGCAGGGAGCGCGGCGAAAGACUCGGAGUGGCCUUUCGGUGGUAGAGAAGCGUCGAGCAGCGUUGGGUGCGUAGGAGAGGCGUCUCGGUGCGUCGCAGAGGCGUUUCGGUGCGUAGGAGAGGCGUUUCGGUGCGUCGGAGAAGCGUUUCGGUGCGUCGGAGAGGCGUUUCGGUGCGGCGGAGAGGCGUUUCGGUGCGUCGGAGAGGCGUUUCGGUGCGUCGGAGAGGCGUUUCGGUGCGUCGGAGAGGCGUUUCGGUGCGUUGGAGAGGCGUUUCGGUGCGUCGGAGAGGCGUUUCGGUGGUGCGUCGGACUCGAAUCAGCCGUUCGGCGGCGGAGAGGCGUGGAGCAGCGGGGAGACGCGGCAAUUUGGAGUCGCCCGACGAGCAUAGGCGCAGCCAUGGCGGGCAGCGAGCAGCAGAUGUGCCUCGUGUGCUUCAGCGUCAACUGCAUGGAGCAGGACGCGCACACGGGCGACAUGCGGUGCAGCGUGUGCGGCAUCGUGUCGCAGGAGUUCAGGGAGGAGGAUGGCGACGAAGGGGGGGCGGGCGGGCCGUCGCAGGCGGUGAUUCGGGAGAGCAACCUGGCGGCGCACCAGCAACGGGAGGACGUCGCCAGGGCCGACGCUGCCAGGGCCGUGCAGGCCGUCAGCCUGCAAGUGCAGGCGCAAGCGCUGUCGGAGCACUACUGCACGGGGCUGCAGCGCAUGCUGGCGCUGCAGUGCCACGCGCUCUCCUCGCUGCUCUUCCCGCCCGCACCCCCGGCCUCAGGGGGGGCCAGCACGGAGUUGAGAAGCCAGCAGCACGCCACGGCCGUGGCGCUGCGCAGCGUGGCACGGCAGAUCUUCGUGCGCCUCGUGCUGCAGUCUGGCGCGCUCAAACAGUGCUUCCCCGAACGCUGCUGGCUGUUCUGGCGCGCCGGCGAGGGGGCGGGGAGGCACGCGUGGGGGGAGGGGGACAGGGACGGGGGCGGGGGAGGGGUUGGGGGAGGGGGUAGUGGGGGGAUAUAGGGCGAGGGGGCGCGAAUUUGGGUGGCGAGAAUGGAAGAGGCGGGGAGGGCAUGGGGGGGAAGGAGGCAGAGGCGGUGGAAAGAGAGAUGGCGGGAUGGGGCAUGGCAGAGGGACUUGGGCUGUUCGGGGGCAUGGGAGGCGCUGCAGAGAGGGGGGACGGGGAGAGUCACGGCGCACCUGGUAUUGGGGAGGAGGGUGAUUGGGGUGGGGAGUUGAGGGAGAUACUGGAAGGCAGGAGGCGGAGUAGGAAGAGGGAGAAGGCGGAGGAGAGGAGGCGGGGGAGGCGGGCGAGGAGGAAGAAGUGGGGGCGGUUUGAGGCGGAGCUGCAGGCCAUCA